UGCAUCAGUCCAAAAAAAAUCACAAAUAAAAUUCCCUAAAAUAUGGCGCUUUUCAACUGGAGUCUUGUCAUGUCGACUUUCCACAAACGUAAACAAAUGUCGAUGACCUUUGGCCGGGUGUUCGUGUACCGGGGUGGUCAUCACUUUUGGAGCAAAGUCCGAGCUGCUCCACUCAUAGAUAGAUAAGACGACGACAUUGUUGCUUCGACAAACAGAAUGGACACAUCGUCGUUGAUUAAGUCGGUCACCAAGCGGAUGUGGUCGCCGCACCAGCGUCCGUUCAGGGUGCGCAGUCACCGGAGAGAGGCAAAGAAGGGGAUCACGGCGGGGACUCUGGAGGAGCUGAAAGAGAGGGUCCGCCUGGCGUUGUCGCUGGCGUCGUUGGCGUCGCUGGUCUGCGAGGAGGACGGCACGGAGGUGGACUCGGACGACUUUCUGGCGACUCUGCCCGACAACGCCGCCAUGGUGGCCCUGGAGCCCGGACAGGCGUGGCAACCCGCACCGGGCACGGCCGUGGCCAGAUGUCAAGACAAGACCAAGUCCAAAGCGGGAAAAGACAUCGCCAGCGUCACUUUGGACCUUUACAAAAUGAAUCCCAAGGACGUGUUCGGCUCUCUGAGCGUCAAGGCCACUUUUCAAGGCCUGUACUCGGUGAGCGCCGACUUCCAGUGUCUGGGACCCAAGAAAGUCCUCAGGGAAGCCCUCCGCAUCGCCUCCGCCCUCCUUAGCGCCGCCGGCCACCUGCUCCUCACAUCCUCCUCCAUCAUCCGUCGCGUCAUUGAGGGCGCCGAGCUCUGGCAGACGCCAAAGAGGGCUUAUCUUAAUUGAGCACCUGCCUCGAGUGUCCAGUCACAACGAAGGUGUUUCUCAGCAGACUCAACGGCCUUGGGUGUCUAGUCACAUCAGUUAGAUCCUAUUUUGAGACUUGUCCGCCGACGGCAGCGUUCCAACAUUGCCUGUAUAAUCUUUGUUCUGCUUUCACGCACACUCGGUGUGGGACUACAGCCUUUGCCUGUCACAGUGUGUGUCACAGAGCGCUCUGUUCAUUAAACUUUGAAGUGUUUGUCACAUUUCACGCCUCUGGAGUCCAGUUAUUGACCGAACCUGGAAUUGGACGGACACGUAGAAGGACCCCAAAAGGACCUCCCUCCAACAGUUGGUACUUUUACUGACUUAAAGGAGCCUAAUCAGCAC